AAGAUCUGCUGGGAAAAGUAUUCCUCCCGUGCUGCAUGCCGGGGGUUGUAGUCUCGCGGCUCAUCUCCCCUUGAAGAGGAUGUGGGCAGGCUUGGAUAGCAGGCCUAUUAUUUCUCUGUUGACCGAGGCCACCGGCGGGUAGGCACUUGCUUGUCAGCAGUGGCUGCUUCCAUCCUCCCCACUCCCGGAGGAAGAGCGGGGCUGCGGCCCAAAGACAAACAGGGGGAGGCGGAGCUGGGCCGGGCCGGGCCCCGCCCUACCUGGCCACCGGUCGCGGCUCGCUUCUUUUUCCCUCCCGAGCGCGGGGCGAGCGUGCUUCCUGGGGGCGCAGCCCCGGCUCCCCGCCCGGUCCCUCCUCACCCCCAGCAGCGGAGGCGGCUCCAUGCUGCCAGCAGCCCCUGCCGCCGCCGCCUCCCGCUCCUCCUCAGCAAGAGGCAAGACGAGGAGGAGGCGCCCCCCCGGGGUCCCACCCGCCAGCACCCCGAGGCCGCCACCGGCGCCCGCAGCCUGAGAGGGGCCCCGCCGGAGAGCAGCAGCAGCAGCCGCCGCCACCGCCGGAGGAGGAGGAGGAGGAUGGCGAACCAACUGGUGAUUCUCAACGUCUACGACAUGAAUGCACAUGAAUUGGAGUUCGAAUGUUCAGAUAUUCUGGAAAUUGGCCCCGGAAGCAAGAACACCACCUUGCUCUCAUUAAGAACCCUUCCUCUAACCUGCUGUGAUCCAUUGAUAUUCCUCAGAUAUGUUCAGUUCUUCCUGCUUUCCUGGCGGGCUGUUAGACAAUGCUACUGGAUGAAUGAAUACACCUCAUCACUUGGAAUUGGAGUAUUCCAUUCAGGAAUAGAGAUAUAUGGCAGAGAAUUUGCUUAUGGCGGCCAUCCUUACCCUUUUUCUGGAAUAUUUGAAAUUUCUCCAGGAAAUGCAUCCGAACUAGGAGAAACAUUUAAAUUUAAAGAAGCAGUUGUACUUGGAAGUACUGACUUCAUGGAGGAGGAUAUAGAAAAAAUUAUAGAAGAACUUGGAAAAGAAUUUAAAGGAAAUGCCUAUCACUUAAUGCACAAAAACUGCAAUCACUUUUCUUCAGCUUUAUCCGAGAUUCUCUGUGGAAAAGAGAUUCCUCGUUGGGUGAAUCGCCUUGCUUAUUUCAGCUCCUGUAUCCCAUUUCUCCAAAGCUGCCUACCGAAAGAAUGGCUUACACCUGCAGCCCUUCAGUCUAGUGUAAGUCAAGAGCUUCAGGAAGAACUGGAAGAAGCAGAAGAUGCUGCUGCAGCAUCAGUUUCCCUGCCGAGUUCAGCAUCAGGGUCAAGAACUGGACAUCAUGCUAAAAUAUAGGUGACAUCCAAAAUACAAUUGAAGCCUUGACAGUCACUGACUUCAUUACAAGAACAUUGGAGGUUGGGCAUUUUAAUAUGUCGGUGGUAUGCAGUUGGUUCUCCAGCUCGAGCCCAUAGUGUGUUCUGCUCAGGAUUUUAUAUGUAGUGAAAAGAGUUUCUGGGAGAAAUGGGAAUAACUUAAGGUGGAGAACUUCAUUUAUUCAAUGGACUCAGACUAACUGAACAGGUAAACUGUUUACAGUAUUGUGUGCUGCUGUUUACAAGUCCUACAGGGACACCUGCCAUUAAAAGACAAAAUAUUAAUCAACAACUAGGCCUUCAGUGGAAGUGAACAAAUGGUCAACUUUCCCUGAGAGUAUUUUAGAACUGGGCAGCUAAAAACAUUUCACUUCCAACUGUUGCUGAAUAUGAAGCAGGAAUUAUUGAAUACUAUGUGUGAACAGGGUACAUACUGAUCAAUACAAAUAGAUCUGUCCUAGGAAGCAAGGCUGUUACCUCGAUAUGUGACUGAGAAUAUGUUUCUAAAAAUGUGACUUCUCUGUCAGUUCAAUCACAGUUCUUAUUCACAUACAAAGAGCGAAUUAAUAUUUUAUUACAAAGCUCAGUGUGUGUUCUCUGUCGUGUUGGUUAAAUUUCAGAAUCCCUCAUCUACUUUGGUUUGCCCUGUUUUUUAAUCUGACUUGAUUGAGUGCCUAUUUCACAAUCUAAAGCAUGUAGGAUAAAUACAGUUGGAACACACAGUUGGUUAGUUGUGUCUCUCCUGUGACAUAAUGUAAUUUAAACACAAUGACCUAUACACCGAUGGCCAUGUGAGUUCUGCAGCCAGGUCAAACAGAUAUAAAUUGGUGCUCAACAGCAGAAUCUCUUCAUAAAAAUAUGAAGGAAAAUGACAACUAAGCUGUUUAUAUAAUUAGUUUCCUCAGCAGCCAUAUUUAGCAGCAACAAAGCGUGGAAAGGCUUUCUCCAGCCUAGUGCAUUCCCAGAAAAUAAAAGGCUAACAAACCAAUGCUGUGCUGGUGCAACAAUGUUUUCUGUCACACAAGGGGGACACAAUUUUCAGCAACUCGCCAUUCUCUCUGUAGCCACCUGUGUCUCCCAAAAAUAUGUCCCCUGCGGGUUCCCCAGCUCUCAAGAACAUAUUUUUAGGAGGCAGAGAGGGAUUCAGAGGAGGGAGGUUCGCUAAAAAUCCUGCAAACCCUCCACUAAUGUGACAGAGAGCACGGUGCUAGUCUGCUACUGGACAACCAAUGAGUGAGUGAGUAAGUUACGCAAAUGUCUUUUUGGUGACACUAUUUUCUUAUUUUACUCUAAGACCGAAAUGUACUCUGAACUCUAAAAGAAUUAUCAGGUGAUUAGAAGUAUUGCAUCUAUGUAGUGGCUCUGUUGCUACAUGUCUCACGAAGGUAUCUGUAUGUGUGUACAAUAGCAAUGGUGGCAAAUUGAGUUCAGACUUCUAUUAUAUAUGUUGCCUUAAGGAUGUUUUCAUUAAAUGAGAAAAGGCCACCUGGAAAUUAUGUAUAAACUGAUUUGCUAGCUUUACAGAGAUCUGCAUUGGUGAAGAAAAUAUUGAUGUAAAAUAUUGCAUCUGGGGUUGCUGAAUGAACUCUACUGAUCAGGAUACACACAUUUAAGUCUGCUUAAUUGGAAAUUAUUUUGGUGCAUAUAUUGCAGAUGCCAGGCUAAAGAAUUUGGGUUUACAUUAUUUUCUUUGCAUGAUGUUAUGUCAUGCUAUCCCCUUGAAGAUAGCAAAAAUGCUGCUGAAGUGUUUUCCAACCACUUCAGUCUCGGCACCUCUCAUGAGGCAAUCUUGAGAUAAAGACUGUUCAAUUAUUCUAAGUAAUACUCAGGUACGUAACAUCAUCCUGUUUAAAAGUCAAACAAGAACAAUUCUCCAAAAAGCGAAGUACUGAAAGUAUUCCAUAUUUUAUCCAGACCAUUUGAGCAAGAAACUGAAUUGUCUAUCAUUAUUAUCUUAAUUGCCAUUAUGAUGGCAGUUUAACUUUGCUUUAUUUUGUGACUAGUCAGCAUACCCCGUUUAAGCUCAAGACAUCCAAUAUUUUGCUCUAUGUUCUUAAACUGACUCUCUGGGCAGGUUCACAUGACCCGUUGCAAGUCUGUAAGAAGCUUGGAAGAGGAAACCAGAGGUUCCUACGGUUUGUGCACUCCCAUGCAUCAUGUUGUCCAAACUCACCCAGGUCUGGUUGGCAGCUGACUAAUCCAACUUAAUAAUAAUAAUAAUAAUAAUAAUAAUAAUAAUGUUGUUCUCUGGGUGGCUCACAACAACCUUGUGGUAAAAAAGCAACUUUUUAACCCACCUUGCCAAGCCAACUUCAGCUCUUGGUUAUGAACCUCUGGUUGGAGUUGUUAACAAGGGUUGGCUGCUUGCCAACUAGACUUGAAUGGGUUUGGACAACUCACUAUGCAGGAAUGAAUGCACCAUAGAUACCUCAGGUUCACUCUCCCAAACUUCUUACUGACUUGCAGCGGGUCGAAUGAACCCACCCUCUGAAUUGGGAUUCUGAGAAUUGUAGUCUUUUCUGUUUGAUUGUUUCUGGAUCAUACAAAGGAGGAGUUUCUCAGUAGAGACAGAAGCAGUGGCUUCUCUGUAUAGCUGAAAUGGAAAUAGGAUUUUCUAGCACAGGUUGGAAGCAAUUAAGGUCAAAUACUAGCACAAUAAGCUCUGAUCUGAAGCCUGCUAUAAUGCAUACACAGACCUUUUCCAUGUGAAAACUUCGUCAUUCAUUCAGUGUAAAGGACAGCUUUGUGCAUGUAUUCCUUGGCAUAUUGUUGAGUUAUCUCCUCUACUGAAAUAAGUGGGGAGCGCUAUGAGUCCUUCAUGGAACUGUGCACCUAUAAAGGAAUGCUAGGUCAGGAUGGUUCUGGAGCUUUUUGUAUCCACCACUCCCAUCCCCUGGACAAACGUUGGGCACCAAUUUAAUCUUCAUCAAAUUCUGUGAAACAAUUAGUUCUGUUCUGGUAAUAUUCACAGCACUAUACCACACUUCUACACUUUCAUAAACAUACACAGAGCAAGUCAAAAAUGUGAGGACAUACACAGCACAAUAUGUACAAGCAAUUUUUAAUUGUGAUUCUUUUGUUGCAAUUUUCUAUUUAUUUUAAGCCUUGUAAUAGUAGUUCUGUCACCCAUGUACACACUUAACAUAUGAGCCCUCAAGAUGAUGCUACAUCUUUAAAAGUGGUAGUUUUGUAUCCUACCAUGUGUGCUACUUUCAGUCUCCACUUGGUUCCUUAAAACAAAACAAAAAACCCUGCCAAAGGCUGCUUUCUUAUGUUAGCAAUAGUUCAAGUUAACCUUUCACCAGCAUUACUACACAGCAGGGAGUACACUGUCUGCCAGUGACUAUAGUGUACCAUAAAAACUAGAACACUCCUCUCUGUUGGGGGAAUACUGGAUAUCUGUGGCGUUUUUCCAACACAAAACGGGUAGAAAAAAUACAUUUAGGGUUCUGUAAUCUGUCCUGUUUCUGAUACUUGAUUAUUUUUAUUUGAUAUUAAUGUAGCUAUGUACUUUGUGUUUUACUUACUAAAGCCAUUUUUAUUAAAAUGCCACUCUUAUUCAGGCAGCCAAAAACAAGUGCUACAUAUUGUCAGUGUGCACCAGUAACCUGGGAAUAGUUCCAUCAUAAGAAUGCAAUGGAUUUCCUCUUGAAAACAUGCAAUACAAUUCUAAUCACAACUGAUAUGACUUUCAUUUUAGGUGGUUAAAGAUACUGAAUUUUCACUGACACUUUUUUGUAAACUUAAUAAGUUUACUGUGCAUAGUAUUUGUAUUAAAUAGCCAGAGGAUUUUGACUUUUGUUACUUUGACAUGUCAAACUAUUAUAAACUUGAAUCCAUCCAUUUAUUAAAGAGAACUUUUUAAUAGAAUAAA